AUGACUCAAUUCAUCUUUAAUCCUAUCAAGAUCGGUAAACUUCAACUUAAACACCGUGUUGUGCUUGCUCCCUUGACUCGUUUUAGAGCUACUCUUGAAGCUGUUCCCACUGAUCUUCAAGUCGAAUAUUACAAACAAAGAGCAUCUGAGGGAGGUCUUUUGAUCACAGAAGCUACGUUCAUUACACGCCUUGCUGGUAGUUACAAGCAUGCUCCUGGUAUCUACACCAAAGAACAAAUCGAAGGUUGGAGAAAGGUAACAAAUGCUGUUCAUAAAAAAAAGGGCUAUAUUUAUUUGCAACUCUGGCAUAUCGGUCGUGCUGGUUCCAAGCAUCUGAAUCCUAAUGGCGAGCAAAUUGUAUCUGCUUCUGAUAUUCCUAUCUCAGGUCUGAAUGAAGAAGGCAAUGCCUAUGAGGUCCCGCGUCCUCUUAGUGUUGAAGAGAUCAAGUCUAUUGUUCAAGAUUAUCGUCAAGCUGCUCUUAAUGCCAUGGAGGCUGGUUUUGAUGGCGUUGAAGUUCAUAGUGCUAAUGGUUAUCUUCUUGAUCAGUUCAUCAAUUCAAACUCUAAUAAGCGUACAGACGAGUAUGGUGGUUCUGUUGGAAAUAGAGCUCGAUUCCCUCUUGAAGUUCUUGAUGCUGUUGUUGACGCUGUCGGUGCUGAAAGAGCUGCUAUCCGUUUCUCUCCUGGCAACGCCUACCAAGACAUGUUUGAUGAAGAUCCUGUCACCACAUGGGGCUAUAUCGCAAAUCAAGUUCAAAAGAAACACCCCAAUCUGUCUUAUAUGCACUUUAUUGAAGCAAGAUCUAAGGUUCACGGAACAAACAUGGUCAAUACAGUGGAUAGUCUUCAGUCUUAUCGUGAUAUUUGGAAAGGUCCUUUUAUUUCUGCAAGUGGUUUUUCUACUGCCACAAGUCAUGCUAUUGAACUUGCUGAAAAGACGGGUAAUUUGGUUGCAUUUGGUCGUGCUUUUAUCGCAAACCCUGAUCUUCCAGAACGUCUUCGUCAUGGAUGGGAGCUAAACAAGUAUAAUAGGGCCACUUUCUAUAGACACGAUGCUAUUGGAUAUACAGACUAUCCUUUCUAUCAUGACAUUAAAUAA